UUGCAAAGACAAAUACAUAAAUAAAAUGUAAAGGUUUGUAACAGUGAGACGAUGCAUAUAACUUUGGGCGUUGUUACCCAUUCAAGAAGUAUAAUAGCGACGGGGUUGGGUACACAGAGCCGCCUUUCAGUAAGUCGCUGCCUCUUCUCCGGACCCGACUGAAAGCCAUGGCUGACAAGAGCGUCAUUGUAAUCAGCGACGAUGAAACAGACACGGAGAGUGAGUCCCCCGGAGCCGAUUGCAAAGACUCCUCUGUCCUGCUAUUGGAAGAGAAUUCUGACUUUGACUGCUCUCUCUUAGAUGAAAACAGAUCGGAUGAAAUGGUUGAUGCUGAGUUUGGACUGUCUAUCACUUACUCCAAAAAAGCGGAUGUGAUGCCCCAUGCCAGAUAUGACUGCACGAGCCACGUUUUCAGUCAAUCAGAUAAUCAGACAAGCAGACCUGUGGGAACAAACAGUGAUUUCUGUGAGCAGUGUUACUGCUACAUCUGUGACAAACUGGCUUCCGAGUGCCAGUCCUGGAUUACCCCUUCUUUCUGCCACUGCAAUGCUCACAAAAGAAGCCCGUUCUGGAAAUCAUGGCGAGAUCAAGCUUUGAUCGGAGCCCUUAUUGUGUUUAAGUUUGACCUGCUAGAGAUAGACGCAGACCUACGGCACGCUGAAAGCCUCUUGAUGAAGUUUGACACAGAUUUAAGCGUUGAGUAUGAUAAGUUCAUGAUGGGGACCGUGUCCAGUCUUGCAGCCAUUUAUUCUUGCUCAUGUUGCUGUCACAACCAAUACCAAAGUAUGGUCAACUGCAAGAGGUGCAGUUCAAAGCAUGAAGAUAUACUGAUAUACAAUUAUUCGAAUGUCUAUCAGCUAGUGUUAGAGUUCCUGGAAAAAGCAAAUGGAGAGAAACCCAAAACCUUUGCAGUUGUGUUGUUGGGAGCAGCCCAGCGUAUUUUACUCCACAAGCAGCCGUUGGGUCAUCAUAUGCCAAAUACGACAGUUGUUCCAGAAGCAGUUCCUUUACUACUACAAAGGAUUAUAGAAAUUCUCCAGAGGUUGCUGGUUGUCUCUGACUUUCCUUCUUCGUUCUCAAAAAAGCUCAUUGACUUCUAUAACUCUCUGUUGCUUCCCCCAUACUGCCGCUGCUUUUUAUACUGUUUGAAUGUCUACCUCUGGGAGGACUCUUUGCUGGUGUCUGUGUUGAAAGGCCAGAACAUCACUGGAGAGAGAGUUGUGAAGGGAAAGAAGGAGACCCUGUUUGAGUCCAUACACGUGGUUCUCGCACGAACAGAGAAGCUAAAGCAGCAAAACAGAUACAGAGAGCUGGCUCGUUACCUCAAGGUAGUGAGAACCAAUAACAGAGCAGAAUUGCAGAGGCUGAAAGACCAGAUCCCGUUCUUCAUGUGCAAGCAUGGUGAUUUCACCUCGGCUGGGCACCACUUGUUUUAUUCUCACGAUGUUUGCUGCUGCACCGCCUGUCGCCUGACCUCCAGACAGUUUACCAUGUACCUGAAAAUCCUGAGAACUGGACAGGUACCAGUUGGGAAUGAGCCCUUCUAUUCAGGCGUAUGGGAGACCCCCACGGGUCAUGUCCCUGUGAAAAAGAAUGAGGUUGUAAAAGUAGGACUCCGAAUCUUGAAUCGCAAUGCACAAUUGUAUAUGAAUCCAGAUAGCUGGGCGGAUCUAAUCCAGGUGUCCUGCAGUGAUUCGAAGCUGGCACAGGAUGGAAGUUUUAUCUGUGUGGCUUGGAAAGAACCAGAAGAGACAUUUCAACAGAGCAUUAGAGAAACCGCAGGCCUGGUUUUGAAGGAGUUGGAGACGAAGCAGAUCAUUAUUCUACCAAAACAGUUUUACAGCAAUUAUUUCCCAGAUGAAGCCAUGCUGAUGCUUGUCACUCAAGCGCUGGUUCAAAGGCUGCUUCAUGCUCGCAUGUGCACAGUCCUGAACAUUGCAAUGGCGUUUAGGCGGAACAUGUGGGCACUGAAAUACCUGUUCAAAAGUCUCAGUGUCAGACUCGAUGUCCUGCAUGCUUUUCUCGAUUGCCUUAUCAAAGACCUGAACGAGAAAAAUAACACGUUGCUUACCAGGACCGUGGCACAAUCGGAUGCAGAGCACAUCGGCCACUUCAUCUUUUUCCUAAUUUCGUACGAGCACGCCGUGUUAAGGCCUGUUGCACACAAAAUUGUCGAUUUUCUGCUGGAACACUGGAAUGAGCUUCAGAAUUGCCCAUGGCAGCGGAAUCUUGCCACACUUCUUCAAAACCAGGAUGUUACACACUGGAACACUUCAAACAGUUUCCUACAGCUGAAGAACAAGCUGAGGACACUAGUGUGAUCAUGUACCAGACCGGGUUCCUGGACCAUCCUGUCUUUACUGGACAAUAGCGCACUGGUCAAAACACCACCCCAAGCAUUUGAAACUCUAAACUGGUAGCACCGAGUAGGAGGAUUAAAAGAAAAAAAACAAAAACAUUUCUGUUGGAUUAAAAACUCAUUUUAGCCACAUACUGUACCUCUGCCACAUUUAUUACGUUGUUUUUUUUUUAAAUAAAUUAAAUACCAAAAAGCUACAAAUGUAAAAUGAUUUAUAAGUAUGAAGGUAAAGACUAGUUAAGCUUUAUUGGAUCUUUUGAGUUUAAGUUUACAAAAACGAAGAGUGUUUGUUUGAUUUAUACAUAUAUAUUUUUUUUAAAGCUAUUUAAAGUUUCUGUCUUUUUUUUAUGUGGGGAAAAAUUAUAUUGUGAAAAUAAAGUUGAAUGCUUAAAAUUAGACAAGUGUAGAGCUUAUAAAAUAAUUAUGUUAAAGAAAUGGAUUGGAGCAUGUGUAUGUAUGUAUGAAUGAUGAUUUUGCAUUUUGUAAGAGAAUUACAUUAGUCUGAACAGCACAUUGUACCAAUGGCUAACUUUUACACAAGUGUUUGUAACUUUGUGUCCCACUCUGAGUGAUUUAAGGGUGUGUGUCUUUCAUCAGGGUCAGUGCUGCAAGGGAUACUGUUUCUAAAGCAACCUCUUGAUGAGCCUGCAUGUUAUUUCAUGUAAACUAGCAUGCAUCCUUUCUUCACACUGUAAACACCGAGUUUAACAAAGGAACAGUCAUUAAAGUACAUGCUUGA